AUGUCAGCAAAGCGAGCGCUUAGCGGCAUCGCCGCAAAAGAGGAUCCUGAUACCCUCUAUGAGCUGAUGGAGCAUAUCGGAACGGGAAGUUAUGGAGAAGUAUUCAAAGCACGCAGUCGUGUUACUGGAGAACUGGCCGCGGUGAAAGUGAUAAAACUGGAAGCUGGAGAAGAACUUGAUGAGGUCCUACACGAAGUGAACUUCCUGCGAGACUGUAACCAUCGGAAUGUAGUAUCCUAUAUCGGAUGUUAUAUGAAGAAGGGGGCUGUACGGGGACAGAAGCACAUCUGGAUUGUUAUGGAGUUUUGUGGGGGAGGUUCUGUAGAAGCUGCAUAUAAGGGUCUGCGGGGUGCACUUACAGAACAAGAAAUUACGUGCAUAAUUCGGGAGAGUUUGACUGGCUUGGCAUUCCUCCAUUCCUGCAACAAGAUGCAUCGAGAUAUAAAAUGUGGCAACAUACUGAUGACUGAAAAUGGUCAAAUCAAAAUCGCGGAUUUUGGGGUAUCAACGCAAUUGACAAGGACAUUUUCCAAGCGACAUACUUUCAUUGGCACACCAUACUGGAUGGCCCCGGAGGUGAUAACAGCAGAGCAACAAGGCACAGCAUAUGAUUACAAGGCCGAUGUAUGGUCAUUGGGAAUCACCGCGAUGGAAAUGGCUGAAUGCUCCCCACCAAUGUUUGACAUGCAUCCGAUGCGAGUACUAUUCAUGAUUCCGAAACUGGAUCCACCCAAGCUAAAAGACCAGACAAAAUGGUCGCCGGCAUUUCGAGAUUUCCUGCACGUCUGCCUCGAGAAGGAUCCAGACAAGCGGCCAACUGCCGACCAGCUUCUUCAGCAUCCUUUCGUCAGACCUGAAGGUAACCCUGCAAACAUUGUAACGAACCUCAUUGAACGGACGCGUGAAGCGAAACGACUACGAGCCGUACAAGGAAUAAAGAAUCCUCUAUUUCCGCAAGGGCAGGACGAGGACGAGGACGAAGAUGACGAUGAAGCCCGCGAAAAGGCCGAAACGGUCAAAAAGCGAGCGACGGCACAAAAGGUCGAAAUCAACAUGGAUACCGCACUAGAUCAAACAUUACAGCAGUUGAGUGUCAAAGACCCAAAGAGUGACACACUGAGGUCAAUAGAAGAAAGUGAAGGACAUGACGAAGACACACUGGGACCUUUGGACGAAAGGAACAAAACAGUAAAGAAGAUACCGUCGCAUGCUAAGGAGGAAUCCGCAGCAUUUGUAGAGCGCGUUGCUGUGCCCGACAAGCCGGAGCAAAGCAACGAGAAGGAGACAACACCACAGCGCAAACCAACAUUUAAAGCAAGCAGAAUGUGCCGACUGGCAAUUCAAGUGAACUGUGCAGAAUUCUUGGGCGACACGCUAUUGUUGGGAACGGAUGACGGGCUGUUUGGAUUGAAACGAAAGUUCUCGCCCCUCACAUCUCCGGGCGCUUUUUUAGAAAAAGACCCGAAAAUGAUACCCUUGUCGACACGCCGAUAUGAGCAGAUAAAUGCUUUAGAGGACUUGAACAUUAUUAUAUCAAGAUCCGGGAAAUAUGACAUGGUUGCGACACAUGACAUGACUUCUACUACAAAAUUCAAACGACGUCAAAAGUUUGAAACGGAGACCAAGUUGAAAAAGAUGAAGGAGACAAAGGGGUGCCAAUUUUAUUCUCUGGCUCGAAUCGGACCAUCAAUAUACCUGUGUGUUGCUACGCCUAAAUCGUUGCUCGUACUUAAAUGGGCACCACAUCCAUUCAAUAAAUUCAUGAAGUUAAAGGAAAUAAUGGUGGAUUUUAAAGUCACAAGCCUAGAUAUAACAGAGUCUCCGACUGGGGAAUUGCGACUGUAUGCUGGAACGGCCACCCGCUUUAAGGUCGUGGACCUCCAAACUGUGACAGUCGAAGAAAUUGUGGUACCUGGCGUCCCAGAGGACAAGUUGGGCCCACCAGUCCGAGGUGUCUUGUAUUCGCAGCUGUUUGUAUUAUGCUAUGAACAUAUGGGAAUAAUGACAAAGCUACAUCUCAACAUGAAAGAGAAUCGGACACUAACAUGGCGAAACUCACUGACGUUCUCAGGUAAACUGGGCGAUGACUACCUCGUAGCGGGUUCCACAGCCGUUGUGGACGUAAUUAACAGCGAAACAGGCAAAAUUGUCCAUGUUUUCGAAACAAAACGAGACAAGAUACGAUCUCUGAACCUUCUCGUAUGUAAAGGGGAGAAACUAUUCCUAUUAGCAGAGGAAGAGAAGGAUGGGAUGAAGACGGCUUCGAUUAUAUUGAUUGAACUGAGUCAAUGA